UUUCCCUAUGUAAAGACCCGCAUACGAGUUGUGGAACGAGAACAAAAAGUGUUGGAGCCGAUCCAAGUGGCAAUCGAGGAUGUCGAAAAGAAAACCAGAGAGCUUUCGGCGGCCAUUGCUCAAAAUCCACCAGAUGCAAAAAUGCUCCAGAUGGUCUAUUUUCAGGUGGCUAAUGUGUUCUUGACAGAUAUAGCAGUAAACGAGAAUGGUAAACCAAUCGAUAAGUUUCAAAAUAAAUUGAGACUUUGCUUCCAUGAUUUCUCAAAGAAAUGUGCUGAUGCAUUGGUUCUGAACAAGCAGCUUAUACUCCCCGAUCAAUUGGCUUAUCAGUCUGAACUGCAAAAGAACUAUGUUGAAUUCACUCGAAAAAUGGCUCCAAUUAUGGGUGGAACUACAAGAGCUAGUGAUCGUAAAGAUUUGGUCACUAACGCAGAACACGCUGCGAUGCCGAUGCUUCCACCCACCGUUACCAUCCCCCUCCAUCGGGCCGAGUAUGGAGAUCACGAAGUGGACUCCGAGUACCUGUUCAAUCCCGAGGUGCUAACGCCGGACUUGGUUGGUACAGUGACAAAUGGUUUCCUUGUCAGGCCUCUGAAGAUGAGCGAUUAUGACAACGGGUUUCUUGAUGUCCUUUCGCAAUUGACUGUGGUUGGUGAGAUAUCUCGCGAAGAUUUCGAGAGCAGAUUCAAGUCAAUGAAGAUGUGCUAUCCACCGGCGUACUAUGUUGUUGUCAUUGAGGAUUUAAGCAACGGCCGCGUUGUUGGUGCAGCAACAUUAGUAAUUGAAUGGAAAUUCAUUCAUCAAGCAGGAUGUCGCGUCAGUGUUGAAGAUGUGGUAGUAGACAAAGAUAUGCGAGGGAAAAAGAUGGGCGCUCUACUAAACAGAGUACUCGUUGGACUUGCAAAAAAGGUUGGCGUCUACAAGCUAUCUCUGGAGUGCAAGGAUUCUCUUAUUCCAUUCUAUGAACUCUACGGAUACUCGAAAGAUGUCGGCAACAAUUUCCUUGUGCAGCGAUUUGACAAGGACAAUUCGGAAAUCACUAUUCCGCAUUGUCCGAUUUCAAAUGAUAUGUCCUCGGUGCCCUCACUAGCUGCUCUAGACCAUACACAUUUGAAGUGGGACAAGGAGUGGAUGUUUCAUAAGCUGCCUAAGGACAAUAUUGAAAUCCCCCGUCAUCAUCUUCCAGACCCAGAAGCCGAAGCAAUCCCUGGUACAACAAAGCAGGUUAUCUAUUCAGUUUAUCAAAAUAUGGGUAACGAGCAAAGUGCAAGUGGGGCUUCUCCUCAACCGUCGUCCAACUCGGCGUUCUCGUUUUUGUCUGGGAGAGGAAAUUCAAAGAAGUCGAAAGGCAUCGUCGUUGUUAGCGGUGGUAACGCAAAAGUGGAAACGCUGGAGGAUGACGAAGUCUAUAAGCGGUUCAAGGAAAUUCCUCGUUUUCUUCCAAUUUUUCGACAUGCCAUCGGUAAGAAGGACGUUGCUCAGAGCGAAAUCCAGCAUAAAAUGAGCAGCAGGCCGCUGUUUCGGUACGAAUUACAUUGCUCGAUACAAAUUUCCGGUGAAGCAACGCCACACAUUCCAGAAUGGCGAACACGUUUUCAACAGCAUCUAAAAAUUUGCGCAACCACAAUAGUUGCAGACCAAAAUCAGAUAAAUCAGGCUAUAAGAUCGGUAGAUGCCUCUACUGUUGCUCUCACAAACCGUCUCACCGAAAGAAAGAAAGCGACUGAUAACUUCAUCGCACACCUUCAAGAGCUGGAUAAAUUGCGCGACGAUGUAGUUCAUAUCCAGCUGCUCUUUGAACAUCUCGUUCCAAUGAUUGAGACAAUAAACGAGAUACUGGUGCCGUCGGAACGUUUACCACCUCUGUCGUUGAGUCGUGUACUCAAUCGUACUCCCGUGUCUACCUCUGAAAGUUCACAGCAGAGCACUCCCAAACAUGCUCCUGCUGGUGGUUCUUCACAGUUGCGUUCUGCUCCUGCUCCUUCUCAGGAUAAAAGCUCUCACAUUUCACCCAUAGAGGAAUUAGCUUCAAUACCAGAUUCGAUUCCUGAUACCACGGAACUGCAGUCAGAAAGCUCACGUCAGACGGCUGCCUUCUCUCCGGCGGCAAUCCAAAUGCGCCUUCGCCAAAUGCUACCAAUCCAUCACAACUACGGAAUGAACCAACAGUGGACUCCAGCGAGACUUCCUCAGUAUCGUCGUUUAGUGAUUCAGAUUAAUGUUCCACUUCGCUUCACUUAUUCAUGA